CGCUCUUUGCUACCGCGGACGCGCCGGAGUCCGUGUCCGCCACUCUUCUGGCCCGAAGCGGCUUCUUGCCUGCGUCGCGCCCCUGCCUCCUGUGGUAUCGAGGAGGAGUCCCUGCGGACCCCUGGCACGUUAGUGGAAGAUGCCGCUCUUUGCUACCAAUCCCUUCGACCAGGAUGUUGAAAAAGCAACCAGUGAGAUGAAUACUGCUGAGGACUGGGGACUCAUUUUGGACAUUUGUGAUAAAGUUGGUCAAUCUCGCACUGGACCCAAAGAUUGUCUGCGAUCUAUUAUGAGGAGGGUGAACCAUAAAGAUCCUCAUGUUGCUAUGCAAGCUUUGACUCUUCUAGGAGCAUGUGUGUCAAACUGCGGUAAAAUUUUCCAUUUGGAAGUAUGUUCAAGAGAUUUUGCUAGUGAAGUAAGCAAUGUAUUAAAUAAGGGUCAUCCCAAAGUAUGUGAAAAAUUAAAAGCUCUUAUGGUUGAAUGGACAGAUGAAUUUAAGAAUGACCCACAACUUAGCCUAAUAUCAGCAAUGAUUAAGAACCUUAAGGAACAAGGAGUUACUUUCCCAGCUGUUGGAUCUCAGGCUGCAGAGCAAGCGAAAGCAAGCCCCGCUCUGGUAGCCAAGGAUUCUGGAGCUGCAGCAAAUAAAAAGGAGGAGGAAGAUUUAGCUAAAGCCAUUGAAUUGUCCUUGAAGGAACAAAGGCAGCAGUCCACCACCCUUUCCAGCUUGUAUCCAAGCACAUCUAAUCUAUUAACUAAUCACCAGCACGAGGGCCGAAAAGUUCGUGCUAUAUAUGACUUUGAAGCUGCUGAAGAUAAUGAGCUUACUUUUAAAGCUGGCGAGAUUAUUACAGUACUUGAUGACAGUGAUCCAAACUGGUGGAAAGGGGAAACUCAUCAAGGCACAGGACUAUUUCCUUCCAAUUUUGUAACUGCAGACCUCACUGCUGAACCAGAAAUGAUUAAACCAGAGAAGAAGACGGUACAAUUCAGUGAUGACGUUCAGGUAGAGACAAUAGAGCCCGAGCCGGAACCAGCCUAUAUUGAUGAAGAUAAAAUGGACCAGUUGCUGCAGAUGUUGCAAAGUACAGAUCCCAGUGAUGAUCAGCCGGACCUCCCAGAGCUGCUUCAUCUCGAAGCAAUGUGUCAUCAGAUGGGACCUCUCAUAGAUGAAAAGCUGGAAGAUAUUGAUAGAAAACAUUCUGAACUUUCAGAACUUAAUGUUAAAGUAAUGGAAGCACUUUCACUGUAUACCAAGCUAAUGAAUGAAGACCCUAUGUAUUCCAUGUAUGCAAAAUUACAGAAUCCGCAGUAUUAUGUGCAGUCAUCUGGUGUUUCUGCUUCUCAGGUGUAUGCCGGGCCUCCCCCAAGUGGUGCUUACCUGGUUGCAGGGAAUGCACAGAUGAGCCAUCUUCAGAGCUACAGCCUUCCACCCGAGCAGCUGUCUACGCUCAGCCAAGGAGCGCUUCCGCCCUCUGCUAACCCAGCUCUUCCUGGUCAGCAGACCCACGCUGCUUACCCAAAUACAAUGGUUAGUUCUGUUCAAGGAAGUACGUAUCCCAGCCAGGCUUCGGUGUACAGUCCUCCUCCUGCUGCCACCGCUGCUGAUGUCACCAUUUACCAGAACGCAGGAACUAAUUUGUCCCAGGUGCCAAACUAUAAUUUAACAGCCUCAGCACUGCCUCAGCCAGUAGGCAGCCAACAACCACCUCAGCCACAACAACCAUAUUCGCAGAAGGCUCUGCUAUAGGACCUGGUGUUCCUCCUAGUGGGAGAUUCUGCUGAAGAUGCAGACAAUGCAGAGAGUGAUUCGUAUCUUAAAAUCUGUUUAUUUCCAACUCAUAGGAAUCCAUCUUGAGGAGCAAGUUAAACUAUUGAAGAAGGUAGAACUCUCUUCAUUUUGCACUGACUUUUUAGAGGUUCUCCUUUCCCCUUCCCCCCGAGGAAUGAAACUACUUACAACAUUUAAUUUCUUUUAUAAUACAAAGAAUUGAUACGAGAUUAUUUGUCUCAUGAAAAUUACCUGGUCUGCAAAAAGUCAAACUUAGAAAAACUGUCUUGGGAAAUGUUACGUAUAUCUAUUGGUAUGUAACUUCAUUAGUGGCCAUUUGAAUCAAGUGGUGAUCAUGUGAAUAUAUUUAACACUGUUAAGUUAAUUUACAUUGCUAUUUUAUUUUAAUCAUGAACAGCUACCAUGUUUCAUAAUGUAUCAUGUAAAUUUUAAAUAAUUACACUAUCUUUUUAAACUGCAGGGGAACAAAGUUGUAGCAUAUGUACUGAAGGCAUUAUUUGUUCAGGUUUCAGCUUCAAAUUAAAUGGAAACUUCCUUUUACUAAUUGUGAGCUAAAAAUAUGUGUAUUAUGUCCUUCUGUAGCCUCUGCAUACUGCUAGCUGUCAUCACGUCAGUGUACAGUAGCUAAAUUUUUGGCAUAGUUUUAGCAGUUGAUAAUGUUCCCUUUUAAACUUUCACGUUUUGGCAUGAUGUUUCAGAUAUAGGGGCCAUGAGACAAAAGUAAGUAGAAUUACCAUUCUUUAUAUCCUAUUUUAAAAGAAAUAAUGUUAAUUUACAUUUUCCUAGUUGAAAAAUAGUAAUUAGGUUUCUAAGCUGUAUACUGUUUUUUGGUGGCAGUAACACCAAAGAUAGAGGCAUUGGGUAGGAUUUUUUAAACUGGAAAGAAAACAGGAAUUACACUACAUUUUUAAGGUCUCUUGUAAUUAUUUAGAUUAUAACUAAAUUUAAUUCAUUUGUCUUAUCCUAUUGCUAGUCUCUCAAUAUGUCCUUAACACAUUGUAUCCUUUAACUUUCAUUAAAAUGGAUAUAAGUGGAUGUUUCAAAGUAAUUUAUAUUCCUGACUUUGCUUAACAAUUUAUUAUAUUUAUUAUCUUUCAGACUGGGUUUUUCGGUCUGUUCUCUGUCUUUCCUCUUUAAAAUUUAGUGGAAUUUUUGGCUUCCUAGUUGAGAGUAUUUUUGAAUGAAUGCUUUUAUUUUAUUCCUUAUGAAAAUGUUUUUUAGUGACAGUUUAAUCUUAAAUAUUUAUAAUUUCCCUGGUUAAACUAUGCUAUAAUUGAGCACUAUCAUUUAAACAAUUGAAAAAACUGAGAUGAAGGCCAUAGCUAUUGAAUUAACAAAUUUGAUACUAUAAAUCAGAGUAUGAUUUGUAUUUUCUUAAGACUAUUUUCCACAGGUAACUUCCUUUCUUUUUGAAAAGUGGCUCCAUAUUCAACAGAUACUCAUCUUGCUGACUCAUUUCACAGGUUCAGAUCUCAAGCGCUACUUUCAACUUAAAGUUUCACUGUAGUGCUGUGUUGUCCUGAGUUUAGAAUAUGUUGCCCUGAAAUAGUAGUUUUAAAAUUUGAAUUCAAGUUUUAUACUUUAGUCAUUUUUAGUAAAUUACAUUUGAUAAACAUUGUCAAAUAGGUUGUUAUCUUUUUUCCACUUUAAAUUUUGUGUUUUACUUUUUUCCAAGUGAUAGGCUUUUUCAUGGCCUUUUGAUAAACUUCUGUUUACCAACAACUCUUCAUUAAAAAAAAAACUGUUUAUUUUUUUAUUUGAAAGGCGGAGUGAGAGAAGGAGAGACACAGAGAGAGAGCAAGAGAGAGCGAGGACAGAGAUAAGAGUUUCCAUCUGGUUCUCUCCCUGCAUGGCCGCAGUGUGAGGAGCUGGGCUGGUUUGAAGCCAGGAGCCAGCCAGUUCUCCCAGGUUUCCCACAUGGGUGAAAUCCAAGCACCUGGACUCUCCUCUUGUGCUUUCCCGGGAGCAUUGGCAGGACGCUAGGUCAGAAACGGAACAGCUGGGACUCCUUGGUGCCCAUAUGGGAUUAAGUUCAGACUUAGUUUGUUGCACCAUGGCAUCAACCCCUCCUGCUUCAAUUUUAAUACCCAUCAUGUAUCUGUUUUCUAAUAUGCUUUUUGCCCUAUAAACGCUAAAGAAUGGUGAAAUGGAAAAACUACCCUAUUACAAAGCACAUAUUUUUCUUUACCUUUUUGAUUACUAAGCUUAUAAAUUAAGUGAUAAGACCUGUUACUGACACUUAUUGGUUUAUGCCUUUCACUUAAAAUGAAUGAAAAUAUUAGCUGGAAAAUGUUCAGUCAAAAUGAAGCACUAUCUUUUCCAUCUUUCAGAGACAUGGCAAGGAUAGAAAUGGGAAAGGACCUCUUAGGAUCAUAUGUGUUUUAUUUUGAAACCUGUAUUUAUUGCACUUCUGACAAAUUUUUCAUUAGUAGCUGUCCUUAUUUUGAAGGAAAAUAUUUUUUUUAUAAAAGGAACUGAAUGUAAACUUCUGUGAAGCAAGUUUAUCUCAAUUUUUUUCUAUUAAGUAUUUGAGGUGCGUUUUCAUUAAACAGUAACAUCUGAAUGGGAAAAAAUCCAUUUACUGUUCAGCAUUUGUAGCCAACAGAUAUCAAAGCCUUUUGAAUGUGAUAAUACAUUGCUGUUUUAAAUGUACCAGGAGUGACUUCUAAUAUGUACUUUGUGUGGUUUUUGCAAUCUUUGCUGGUUCUGGUGUCCUCUUUUGAUGUACCUGUCUCCCCUUCUCUGUGAGGGACCAUUUCUGCAGAUUCCCUUCUAUGUAUUAAAUAUUUGUUGAACUUUGUAUCUAUAAUUAUUAGUUUUGUGUUUAAAAUGUUUAACAGUUCUUAUCCAAAGUCUUCAUAUUUAACUGUCUUACUUUACUGAAGAGAUAGGAUACUGUUAAAUUGGCCUGUUGAAAUAAGUAUUCAAUGUCAAUAAGCUUUUUGUGUUGUGAAUUUUUUUAUCUGCAGAAAGAUUAAUACACAUAAAUAUUUUUAAUCAGGACUUAUCCAUCACUAACAGCUUGUAUAAUUGCAUCAUCUUUCAUAUAUUUAUCUAUAUAUGCCCAUAUGUGUAUGUAUACAUGUACAUGCUUUAAAAACUUAUUUAUUUGAAAACACAUCAGGGUAUAUGAGAUAGAAACCCUUGAUUCAUCAGUUCGCCCCACAAAUGGCUGCCUUAGGAGGCUAGUCGAGGCUGAAGCUAGAAUCCAGAAACCUCAUCCUGGCCUCCCAUAAGGUUGGCAGAGGCCCAAGCCCUUGGGCUGUCAUUUACUGCCUUCCCCAGCACAUUAACAGAAAUGUGAAUUGGAAGCAGAGCAGUCAGGAUUUGAACUAACACUCUGAUGUAGAAUGCCGACAUUACAUUUGCUGGUGGCACAUGCCAAAAUAGCAUGUUGCAUGUGGCAAUUUAAACCACUGUGCUGUAAUGCUGAUCCCCACACAUAUACUUAAUGUGUAAGUAGACAAGUUAGGGACAUUUCUUAUGUGCUUCAUCAUACACAUUGUAAAGAUAGAGACAGAUUCUUUAUUGUUCCACUUUUAGUACCUGUGCUACUGAUGCGGACACAUACAUAAUGUAAACAAAUGAUUUUCACAACUAAGAAAAUUAGCAGUAAUUCUGUGCACAAUGUUACAAGACGUUCUCCAAUUGUUGAUUAUAUCUAACUUU